AUGACUUCAACUCUCACACCAUCUCGUUCUUCAGAUACUCUCAGAACUCUAGUCGAUUCUAUAAUCAUCUCUUCAUCUUCACCACUCCAUCGUUCUUCCUCUACAGAUUCUAUUGCUUCUCUUACAACACUCGUCCCACCUCCACGUACAAGAUCUUCUCGCAACAACAACCUCCUCCGCCGCACAAUUAACGCACAGCCUUACCCGCCCUCUUAUUAUAAUUACCCGCCCGCGGGCGCACAACGUGCUCGUCACACCGGCAUUGGCGGUUAUGGUAAUAUUAGCCGCCGCGGGACCCGUUGCAACAAUAAUAACAAUAAUAACACUUCUUCCAGAUCAAGCUCACCUGUUCAAACUUUAAGACAAACCGUGUCGGCACUAAGACCCCGGUCCCGGUCGCCUAUUCUCGUGGCCACCAAUACACAAGACGAUCCAGCUAACACUAGUAACAGUAUUAAUAGUAGUAGUAGUAGUAAUAACAGUAGUAAUAACAGUAGUAGUCACCAACCUUCCUCUUCUACCACAAUCAAUAACGCUAAUCGCAGACUGGAGCGGCAGGGGCAGCUAUGGGCUAUCGGUACAUCUGAAGGUACACUGCGACAAGGAGCCGCGCAAAUCACAUCUGGUGCAAGUGACACGGAUAAUUCAAAUUCCAGCUCAAUAACAAAUACUAUUAAUAACGUUGAUUCAAAUAAUUCAACGUCUAGCGGCUCUUUGCUCGGUUCGGCCUUCUCUUCACUACAUCAACAACAACAACAACAACAACAGCAAGCGCCAGCCACUCCAGCAAAACUACUUUCGCGACUAAAAUCAUAUUUGAAACUUGCUGAUCCUCUCAUAGCUUAA